UGUAGAUGCGCAUGCGCCCUUCAAUGGCCACCGUACACCAUCCGGUCUGGCUUGAUCAUUUCCUUUCCUUCUAAACAUCCAAGAUGGUGAAUGUGCCUAAACAGAGACGCACCUUCUGCAAGAAGUGCAAGGUCCACAAGCCCCACAAAGUUACUCAGUACAAGAAGAGUAAAGAGAGGCAUGCUUCACAGGGUCGUAGACGUUAUGACCGUAAACAACAGGGAUUUGGUGGACAGACUAAGCCUAUUUUCAGGAAGAAGGCUAAGACUACCAAGAAAAUUGUGCUGAGGAUGGAGUGCACCGAAUGCAAAUACAGGAAACAAAUCCCUCUGAAGCGUUGCAAACACUUCGAGCUUGGAGGUGACAAAAAGAGGAAGGGUCAGAUGAUCCAGUUCUAAGCUGAUAUCUUGGAUAUACAUUGUAUUAAAAAAAUCAAUAAAUUCUCAAGAAUUUAUAAA